UCAGCUUCUUCAUCGUCUCUUCCGGAACAACCACCGUAGGAGGGAAAAAAUCAAUACACUGUAAAACGUUUUUCCUGGAAAAUCUGGGAUCGAUCACGACGAUGAGCUGAGCAAGUUGUUGGAUUUUCAUAAACUUCAUCAUGGGGGGAGCUUGUUCAAGGAAGAGAGAUCAACAGGAUGAGGAGAUUUUAAACAGAGGAGUCUCUGGAAAAUACUGCAAAAGUUCUAGCUCGAAGUGGUUAGCAACUUCGUUCACUAGGCCUGGUUUUGUUGUUCAAAGAAAAAAUGGUGAAUGCCCAACACUUAUGGAGCUCUGCCUCCGCAAAAUAGGAGAGGACAUUGAUAGAUACUCCAAAUUCUCUGACUUGCCAAGGGAUAUCAGUCAGCAAAUCUUUGAUGAACUGGUGUACUCUCAACGGUUGACUCUGAAGUCUCUCGAGGCAUUUCGAGACUGUGCAAUCCAGGAUCUUUACUUGGGAGAAUACCCCGGUGUAAAUGAUGACUGGAUGGAUGUCAUCUCCUCUCAAAGCACAUCGUUGCUUUCUGUUGAUUUUUCUGAGUCUGAUAUCACGGACUCUGGCCUGGCUUAUUUAAAAGGUUGCAAAAAUCUGGAAUCCUUGAACUUUAAUUUCUGUGACCAGAUAUCAGACCAUGGGCUAGAGCUUCUCAGUGGCCUCUCAAAUUUGACAAGCUUGAGCUUUAGAAGGAAUGCUGCAAUCACUGCGCAAGGAAUGCGUGUUUUUUCCCGUUUGGUUAACUUGAAGAAAUUGGAUCUCGAGAAAUGCCCUGGCAUUCGUGGUGGGCUCGUUCACCUUCGAGGUUUAACUAAAUUAGAAUCUCUUAACAUAAAAUGGUGUAAUUGCAUUACAGAUGCAGACAUGGAGUCUCUUUCAGGUCUUACAAACCUCAAAAGCUUGCAGAUCUGCUGCAGUAGGGUUACCGAUCUUGGUAUCAGCUACCUUAAAGGGCUAAGCAAGCUAUCUUUGUUGAACUUGGAGGGUUGCCGCCUAAUUUCUGCUGCAUGCCUGGAGUCACUUUCAGAUCUCACUGGAUUAAUGUUUUUGAACCUCAAUAGAUGCAAUUUUUCAGACAGUGGCUGUGAGAAGUUUGCUGAGUUAAUUAAUCUGAAGAUACUAAACUUGGGCUUGAACAACAUUACGAAUUCGUGCUUAGUGCACCUGAAAGGAUUAACAAAGUUGGAAAGCUUGAAUUUGGAUUCCUGUAGAAUUGGUGAUGCAGGACUUGUUCACUUGUCAGGUCUUGUACGCUUGAAAUGUCUGGAGCUCUCCGAUACCGAAGUUGGAAGUAAUGGCCUUCGCCAUCUCUCUGGUUUGACUAACCUGGAGAACAUAAAUUUGUCAUUCACUGUUGUGGCUGAUAAUGGUCUAAGGAAAUUAUCUGGAUUGACAUCUCUUCGAUCACUUAACCUGGAUGCUCGCCAUGUUACUGAUGCUGGGCUCUCCGCUCUUACUAGUUUGACCGGGUUGACUCACCUGGAUCUCUUCGGUGCUCGAAUCACAGAUUCUGGAACAAUUCAUAUACGAAAUCUCAAGAAGUUGGAGUCCCUAGAGAUAUGUGGUGGUGGGUUAACCGAUGCUGGAGUGAAGAACAUCAAAGAUCUCACAUCCUUGAUGUUCCUCAACCUUUCGCAGAACUCCAACCUUACUGACAAAACACUCGAGCUGAUUUCCGGACUGAAGGGGUUGAUGUCGUUGAACGUGUCGAACUCGCGCAUAACAAGCUCGGGAUUACGUCACCUGAAGCCAUUAAAGAAGCUGAGAUCGCUGACCCUCGAGUCCUGCAAGGUCACUGCCUUCGACAUCAGGAAGCUUCAGUCCACUGAUCUCCCAAACUUAGUGAACUUCCGUCCCGAGUAGUAAAUAUCUCAUCAUCAAGAAGGUAAGGUGACAAAGAUCCUCGAAUCCUUUUCUGUAAAUAAGUGAAAAAAAUGUAAAUAUGGGUUUUUCUUCAAGGGCUGAUGAAAUUGGGAGACCCUUUAAGCAGAAACUGUAAAUAAAGCUUUUCCCACAAACAUGAGUACUGGACUCUCUUUGUUCUCUCUCUCUCUCUCUAUGUAUAUAAAUCUUUUAUUUAUUUUUUAUGGAUUAUGGUCAUUACAUUCUA